AUGACAGCUGAGGUCCAGAGCGCCGCUGCGCGCAUCCUCUCCGCUGAGUCCACACGCGACCCAAGCUACGACGAUUUCUCGUUCACUCCUUUCCUGCGCAAAAGUUUCGGAUUCGGCCUUGCAAGCGAUGUGCCUGUCUGUAAGGCUUACGGUGAAGGACAUUGUCCCCUCGGUCCAGCCUGCCCAGAUCGACACCCUACCCCUUCUCGCGUUACUACAUCCACCACUACAGCCUCUGGCCUGGCACCAUCAACAACGCACGGAUCUUUGGUCUGCAAACAUUUCCUCAAGGGACUCUGCAAAAAGGGGUUGAAGUGCGAGUAUCUGCACGAGUACAACCUUCGACGCAUGCCAGAAUGUCAAUCAUUCUCACGAAGCGGAUACUGUCCCAACGGCGACGAUUGCCUAUACCAACACGUCCGUGAAGAAGCUCGUCUUCCACCCUGUGAGCACUAUGAUCGUGGAUUCUGUGAACUUGGAUCUCUCUGUGCCAAGCGACACGUUCGCCGCCGCCUUUGCCUAUUCUAUUUGUCUGGAUUUUGCCCUGAGGGCAAAGCCUGUGCCGAUGCCCACCCCCGCUGGACUGAGAAUCUACCUCGACCUACAAUUCGAACGGAGAAGACGGAAGAAGAAUUAGAGCAUGAGCGGGCCCUCAUUCGAGAAGAGCAGGAGCGAGAGAAGGAACGUGAGCGUGAAUGGCGCAACGAACGAGGACGUGGCGGUGGCUUCAUGCGAGGGCGAUUCCGUGGUCGAGGCAGGGGUUAA